UUCCGUGUCUCGAAAUCGUUCAACUCGGCACAAUGCAGUUCGUUCCUCUGCUCUUCGUCGUCGUCGCCGCUGGUGUCUGCUGCGUGUCCGCUGGGUACCUCGGUCACGGCUAUUCUUCCGGCAUCUCCUACUCAUUCGAUAAUCAGAAGGCUCCCCUAUACUACGGCAAAAUCGGAUACGGAGGGUACGGCAAGCUCGGCUACGGGGGUCUCGGCUAUGCGGGUCUCGGUUACGGUGGAUACGGAAAACUCGGCUACGGAGGUUACGGCGGAGUCGGCUACGGAGGAUACUACGGCGGACUCUACUAGAUAGGCGAGUGAGGAAAGUGAAGCCAAUAAAAUGUCGAA